AUGGAAUCCCUCUCUUCCUUAGAAAAAUGGGACCCGAAUAUUUUCAUUGAAAAACCAACUCAUGAUCGGGUCCCCGUUUGCGUUAAUAUUUUUGGUAUUCCCCUACAACUCUUCAAUAAAGAUGGCUUAAGUCUCAUAGCUAGUAAACUUGGAAAGCCUUUAGAGGUUGAUUCGUACUCCUCCACCAUGUGUGAGCAGGCUACGGGUAGAGUGGUUUAUGCUCGUAUUCUCAUUGAGAUGUCGGCUAAUGAAGCUUGGGCAAAUGAUAUAAAAAUCAAACCAAUCACGGCCAAAGUUGCUACUUCUACCACCCUUAAAGUGGAGUACUCUUGGCUCCCAAAGAGAUGCGACCAUUGCAAAAUCUUUGGUCACGACCUUGCCACUUGUCCCACUCAAAUGACUAGCCCUGCCGUCCAAAUGACGGUCGCGCCCAUCCCGAAAGAAGUUGACAAAGAAGGUUUCCAAAAGGUUAAAAGGAGAACUAGAGCUAUCCCUAUCCCUAAAAAGAAGGUUCAAGUUGACAAUCGGAAAAGCAAUGGGCCCUCCUUAAAGAUCGCUCAAGUCCACAAGCCAAUCACUCGUGAUCCAAAAAAAAAAGAUUGUGUCGUCCAACAUGUUUAA